AUAAUGCAUUUGAUACGAUAAGUGAUAAACCAGAGGUUCAAUCUUAUUUCAUGUAACACCGAUUUCUUUCCUGGAGAAUAGACCAGAAGACAGUGCUGUCUCUAUCUACUCCCUCUCUUUCUUAGUAGUAAGAUUACAAAAAAAUCCAAGGCAUACAUUUGAGUUGUUCAAAAGCUUGAUGAGCGUUACUGAGAAGCGUUAUAGCAGAUACAUUGUGUUGCAUAACAAAUGAUUUUCCGAGGAAUGGCAUUUCAUAAACACAUCUCAAUCAGUCACGUCCUCCGUAACAACUCUUGUCAUUACACGAACCACGAUCCAACGAGAAUGUUCUUCUUUAAAAGAUUGUUUAUACCAACCAAGCUAACAAAGUUAUGUUACGCGCUCAUCAUCUCUGCGCUAAUGCUGGUGAUACUAUGCCGUUUACAUUACAAACAUAAGAUGAAAAAAUUGGACGUAAGUAGCGAAUUUUUUCAAGAUGAUGAGAACCAACCGGCAAACUUUAUACCUUACGACGGAAACCUGAGAUAUAUUGUCCGUUGGGUAAAUCCCACGAAUAAAAUUAUUGAAUACGUCGACGGUUCCCGACUGUUUGUGAUGAAGAGUUGCUCCUGGAAUAACUGCUACCUCACGGAUAACAGCAACAUCCUGAACUCAUUCUCAGGAUUCAGCGUCGUCCUAUUCGACGGACCAGACAUGAAUUAUUUUGAGACUUCGAAGCAUUUACCAAAGGCGCGUAGCCAGCACCAAAAAUUCGUGUUCGUGAGCGGCGACGCGGCGUCCAGUUUACCUAUCUGCAACGACAUGUGGAACGACUACUUCAACUGGACCUGGACCUACAAGCUGGAUUCGGAUAUGGUUUGGAAAUAUAUCGUCAUAAGAGAUGUAAACGGUAAAAUUAUCGGACCGAAAAAGGAUAUGAAUUGGAUAAAACCCGAAAAUAUGCUUCCCGUAGAUAGUGCGUUUAUAAUGAAAUUGAGAACUAAAACUAAAAUCGCCGCUUGGUUUGCAUCCAAUUGCAAGACGGACAGUCAAAGGGAGAAUUUCGUUAAGGAGUUAGAAGUUUAUUUGAGCGAAUAUAAUUUAGAAUUGGAUAUUUAUGGUGAUUGUGGCAAAUUAAAUUGUCCGAGAGUUAUAAUGGGGAGGUGUCUUGAGAUGUUGGAGAAGGACUAUUUCUUCUACCUAGCUUUUGAGAAUGCUCUGAGCGAGGACUACGUAACGGACAUUUUACUGCACGCGCUCAAGCACGACACAGUACCUGUCGUCUUCGGCGGGGCAAACUACACGAGAUUCUUACCAGACAACGCGUAUUUGAACGCGCAGGAGUACGGGCCCGAAGGUCUGGCGCGUCGCAUGUUUGAGCUGAUGCACAGCCCCUCGAAAUACCAGAAGCUAUUCAGGUGGAGGAACCACUACUCUUAUCACUCUCACGACGAAUCUCCGGACUCAGAUAACUUCUGCAACCUUUGUGCCGCAGCCAAUAAAUAUCGCUUUGACAACGACUUGCGUAAAACUAAUUUCAAAAGUUGGUGGAACACGAAAGAUAAAUGUAAAUAAGUUCUACUAGCAGCGACGAGUUCACUGGUUAGAGAAGUAGUAUUAUUGGAGUAAAACUAGUUGUAAAAAGAUCAUACGAUGUUUUCUAU